AUGUCCCAACCGAAAUUGACUUCCCUUCAAGGCCGCGUUGCCAUCGUAACUGGUGCAGGAGGCGGCCUCGGAAGAGAGUAUGCUCUUCUACUGGCAUCAUAUGGCGCCAAGGUGGUCGUCAAUGACUAUGGUGGCUCUCUAAGCGGCCAACGCGGCACUAUAUCUCGCGCGCAAACUGUUGUUGACGAGAUAAAAGCAAAGGGAGGGGAAGCCAUCGCAGAUGGACAUGAUAUCUCCGUACAGAGUGAAGUCCAGCAACUUGUGCAGGACACUCUGGCGGCAUAUGGAACUAUUCACAUCCUUGUCAACAAUGCGGGCACUGCUGGUGAAGCUAGCGCGCACGAUAACGUGAACGUCGAAUCUUUCCGACGGACGUGGGAAAUUGCUGCGCUAGGUACUGUUAUGCUUAUCAGUGCUGUAUAUCCUACCAUGGAGAAGCAAGGAUAUGGAAGAAUAGUCAAUACUUCCUCUGAUAGCCUCAUUGGUAUGGGAGCAGGCGGUGAUGGUGGUUAUGUGUCAAGCAAAGGUGCCACGUUUGGCUUGACUCGCGAUCUUGGACGUAUGAGUCCCAAGCAUGGCAUCAAGAUCAACGGCGUUCUACCCUCGGCAGCAUCACGCAUGUCGGACUUGUCGCCUGUUAUUAAGAGGAUCACAAGGGAAUAUUUCCAACCUCGUCUCGUGGCAGACUUUGUCGUCGCGUUGUGCAGUGAGGAGUGUCCGACGUCUGGAGAGCUGUUCAGUGUUGGUGGUGGAAGAGCCGCGAGAACGACGCUGGCUACUGUACCUGGACAUUCUCACGCGACGGGCCCGGAAGAUUAUUUGGCUCAUUUUGAUAGGGUUAUUGGUACCACAGAUGAGCUGUUUGUUCCGAAAGAUACUUUGGAUUUAGUGUCUUAUGCGAUAAAGCAAGCAACGGGGACAGAUGUUGGAACAAUAACUUUAGAUGAGUGA